AAGUUGUUUUUUUAAGUUAUGCCUAUCGGCGAUUACACGGACGUGAAAUGUAUAUUUAUGUUUCAAGAGUUACAACUGUUCAUUUAAAUUUUUAUUAAAAGUUUAUAUAAUGGGUUUAUAAUGUAAAAUUCCAGAAAGAAUGUACUUUUGUUGUUUAAUUGAAGAAGAAAUGGAUGAAUUAUAUUCGUUAAUUAUGAAAAUUUAGUAUAGAAAACUACUAUUUUUUUUAUUUCUUGACCCGUCCUGAAAUGGCGUUUCUAUGUCCAGUAAGAAUACGACGGGGCAAACGAAAGAAAGAUGGAGAUAAAUUAUCCAGUCGUACCCCUAGUAUUGGACGCAUCACCGGGAGUGCCAGUAUCGAGACAUUGGUCAGAGUUGGGAUUGAAAAAGAAAAUGGCCUCUCUCCAGACUCCAAGAUGGUUGUUUUGCAUGAUUUUACUCCAUGUGUGGAUGAUGAGCUAGAAGUCAAGAGGGGUCAGAGUGUUAACAUGUUGUACCAAGAAAAUGACUGGGUUUAUGUGAUUGCCGAAAAUGGCCAAGAAGGGUUCAUCCCACAUUCCUACUGUGCAGCAUAUGGAACUCAUUUUGCAGAGCUGGCUUUGAAUAUAAAACAUAAAAAGCUGCCUCGUAAUGAGCGAGAACAAGAAAUUGAUCAAACUUCAUCUCGAGGAACGCAAAGUGCUGAUAGUGGCCAGCAUUCUGAUGUGGAGAGUUAUGGUGUUAUGCCAGAGUCUAGUUCAAACAAUAACGUUUUGUCAUUAAAUCAAAAUAAUCCAAGUUCAUCUUCUCAAAGCUCAUUACCUGAUGUUCAUCCAUUUUUCAAAGAUCCUGCUGGAAGGUAUAUUGUCCUAUAUACAUUUAUUGCCAGGGAUGAAAAUGAUGUGAGUGUUGAGCGAGGUGAAUUUGUUACUGUGCUGAACCGUGAGGAUCAUGACUGGUUUUGGAUUGUUCGAUCAGAUGGUCAGGAAGGUUUUGUGCCUAGUGCAUUUGUGUAUCCUGCUGAUGUUAUUCAAGAUCAUGUGGGGGCACAGAUAACAGCCAGCAAUCAAGCCCACCAAUCUUCGUCACUGAACAAUAAUCACCACAACAAUACUCCUGCCCCUGAAGAUCUCCGUUUUCAUGGAAGUGAACUGGUAAUGCUGUAUGAUUACAAGGCACAAGCUCCAGAUGACCUUAGUGUUCGUAGAGGUGACUGGGUUUAUGCUGAUAUGAACAAUCAAACUGUUGAUGGUUGGUUAUGGGCAUAUGCCCCAAAGACUAGAAAAUAUGGUUUUAUACCAAAAGCUUAUGCAAGGCCACCAGCUAUGACAUCAUUAUGAUUGUUUUAUAAUGUUUUAAAUUAUUUUAUUUGGAUAAGAUUUUUGUUUACACUGAACUGUGAUUGCAUUAAUAAAUCCCACCCCUUAAAAAUGUUCUUCCAAGUUGCCUUAUGGAAAAGUGCUGAUCCAUUUUAAAAUGUUUGCAAGAACUGUUAUAUCAUGAUAAAAUGUAAUGCUGUACUAAAUGAAGUAUAGCUUAUAUUUCAGGGUAAAAUCAUUUCAUUUGUUUUGUGAUUUUUAUUUAUGCCAUGUUGAAGCAUUCCAUUACUGAGUACUUGAUUUGAUUUUUAAGUGCAGGAUGAAACCUGUGAAUUAUUAGUGCUUUAUUUGUUCGUGCAUUUGAAUGCAAAAAGAGAACAAAAAUUUUGAAAUUAUCAUAGAAAUAUUUGCUGUUGAUCUUAAAGGAAAUUUAUUAAAUUUAUGUUAUUAAACUGGAAUUAAUUUAGAAAAUUGUUUGUCAAUAUUCUUUAAAUAUUCACUUUUUUACAGUAAUUCUUUUGAGUUUAGAAAUAAAAAAAUUUUAUUAAAAAAUAAUUCUUAAAUCAUUAAACUGAAGCAUAUAGAUAUAUAUAUAUAAUAUUCUUGAAGUGUUUAUAAAGUAAUGUGCUUGAAUUUUUCAGGGAUAGUCAGAAGUAAGAAUUUCCUUUUUCUCCUCCUUUCUAUGUUAUUGCACCAGAAAAUGAUAUGCUUGUUAAAAAUUUUAAUAGAUUAUUGAAAUUGUAUCUUAUUUAUUAUAGGAGUUACUGCAUCCUUUUGUCAUUGUAAAUGUAUGAAUUGUUUCUAACAUCAUGGGAAGUAUAAAAAAUUAUCAGUUUUUAAAUGCAUACGGCAAAUGUCCCCAACCUUUUCUGAAAUAACCUCCCUCCUAUUUUCUGAGUUAAAAAAAAAAGCACCCCAACAUUUCCCUAUUUUAUAAUAGUUAGUCAUAUCAAAUAUUGAAAAAUUCUUGUUUCUGGACAAAUUCCACCUCCGUUGGGAAUUUGUGAUCUAAGUAAUUACAUCUACUUUGAUUAGAGUUGUCCCUUAAUAAGCUGAAAAAACUACAAAAAAUAUUAAUAAAAAAUUUAAUCUCGUAAUGGGGUUCACCGAUCAAAUUAUUAUUUUUAUUUUGAAGUAGUAAUGAGAUGAUAUUUAAUGCUAAAAAGAAGGUUUAUGAAAGUUCUCACCAAUUUUUUUUUUUUUUUUCCAUUAAACAAAAAGCUAACUGUUUUGUUGGUAUUUUUCUAUUAACUGCCUGUCAUUGACUAAACUUGGCUUAACUGGAUACCAUUAGCAAACUUUAGGCUUAAUUACCUCUCAUUGGUGAGCAUGAUCAAAUCUUAGCUAUGACAAACAUGACAUCAUCUGCGAUUAAUCGCUGGCUGCAAUAAGCAUGAUAUUAUUCUGGGGAGAUGCAAAUAGUUGGUUAUCAGUGGGAAAUAACAGUUUGCUUGCUAGUUUGUUUUCAUAAAUAUUGUGUGUUUUAUGAAAGAUUCAACUUGAUUGUAAAAAUUAAUUCAUGACAUAAAUUUCUAAUCAAUAUAGCUUAUAAUAAUAAAACAAAGAUUCAGCCUAAAAUUGUGGUGUAGCUACCAAAUCUGAAUUUUUUUUUUAAUCAUAACUCACUAAAUUUGAUAUUAGAUAUAAUAUACUUAAAACUUCACUGAUGCCAGCUAUCCUUAUGGGUGGCAAAAGUUGUGUAAAAUUGAUAAUAAAAAUUUACAUGGUUUCCCCCCACCACCACUUAACUCUUUCUAAGACCGUGGGAAGUAUGCUUCCCACCAAAUAUAUCAAUCUUUGUAUGAAAUUAUGUAGGUUGGCAUAAGUUCUGACAAAUUUUUUUAGAAAGACAGAAACUUCAGUUCUUCAUAUCACACAAAAUAAUGUGUCUUGAUUUGUUACUUAAUUAUUAAUUAACCAAAUUAAUUAAAUUUAUCUAAUAAGCUAAAUGAAUCCUUUUUCUUAUUCUAAUUUCAAGCCUAAAAAUAUUUUAACAUAAUAUGACUAGAAAAAAAUGGCUCUUUAAAGGGUUAAAAGGUAAAAAUAUAUCCUCUAAGAUUCUUUGCAAACUGAAAGGAGGAAUAAAAGGAAUAUUUGGUAAAGUGGAUGCAAAUAUUGUCUCAUAGAUGCUGCCAAAGUACAUUGUGUUGGUAUUUUUGUAACAUACUUUAAAUACUUCCUCUUUUUUUUUUUUUUUUUUUUUUUUUUUUUUUAAGGAAAGUGUAAUUUUCAUUA